AUGGACCCGUCAAACUCUCCCACGGUAUCCGACUUCCGAAUAACGGACCACAGCAAAGUCAUGGAUACAUUAGAAAAUGUGUUUAAAAAGAUGGCAAAGGGAGAGACAAAAACGUCCGGGCACAAUUCAGAUGCUAUGUUUAAAGAACUCGAUUUGAUCAGGAAGAAACAGAUCCAGUUGGCUACUAAUCAUGUAGACUUGGAGAGUAUGCCUAAAGAUGAACCCCAAGCAACUGAAGAUGGCGCAGAAUCAUUUAAGCGCAACGCCGAAAUGUUCAACAAGAAUGAGCAAGAUUUGAACAAUCUAAUGAAAGAGUUAAACGAUUUGAUAGGAAAGCUAAAGGAUCUGGGAGACGCCUCUGGUGAUACAAUUUCUGCAUCUACGGAGACGGAAGAGUCAAAAUCACGAACCCAGAAAUCUUGA